AUGUCCAUUACAAUCCUGUCGAUCUGGGUUGAGUUGAGUUUGUAUAUAAACCGCCUGCAGACGCUGUGCAAGGACGUGGUCCGGGUGGGGAAGCUGACGGACGGGGGAAAAGAGAUAUGUGCUGACGAACGCUACAGGCCGAGAGCUCCAUGCAUCAUAUACUCGUUCGGCAUAAACAAUGACUUCUCGUUUGACAACGAAGCAGUAAAAAUGUUUGGAUGCGAUGUGUUCUGCUUUGAUCCGAGCAUGAAGAUGAAGUCGAAACGCAUUUCAGACCAUGUCUGGUUUUACAAUUGGGGACUUUCUGGAGAGAAUACGGUCGACAAGCAAGGCUGGAAGAUGAAAACUCUGAAAACCAUUAGAAAUGAUCUCGGUCACUCGAAUAAAACGAUUGACAUCUUAAAGAUGGACAUAGAGUCGUUUGAAUGGAAUUCCAUGCUGCAAAUGAUUCCCGCAGGAGACCUUGAUGACGUCAGACAGUUUGCUGUUGAGACACACUUCAUGCAUGGUGCAAUUCCAGGAAACUUGCAGUUAUCUGCCCUUAGACAACUGUAUGACAGAGGAUUUCGGAUAUUCAUGAGGGACAGAAACAUAAUUGCCGGGAUAGAAGGGUCUAUGACAAAAUUGAAUGAGAAUUCAUUGAUCAACGUUCUCUACAGUUAG